UGCAAGUGUCAACAGAGACGGCAUCAGUGGCGUCUGUGGUUGCGUAGAGCCGGCAGAGCGAAGAUAGCGGAAGUUAAAAAGAAACAAAAAGAGAGCGAGGAGUGUUUUGGCGCGUGCGCGGCGAAUUCAGUUACCGAAGCUGUGUCCCAUCAUGGAGUGCCCACACCUGUGUACUAGUGUUUGUAUUGUCCCGGAGUUGGUUUCAUUCCCCACUGGUUCGCCCUCUUCCUGGUGUUGCGGUGUGUGUCGGUCAAAUAAGAGCCCAUGGCUUUGCCUGACUUGUUUCGGUGUCCAUUGUGGAAGGUAUGUCAAUGGUCAUGCAAAGAAACACUAUGAAGAUUCACAAAGUCCUGUCCCUAGUCCCAAAAAGUUGGAGAAGCCAGAAAGUGAGAACUUUCAACAUGCAGUGUGUAUGGACUGCAGCAGCUACAGUACAUAUUGUUAUCGAUGUGAUGACUUUGUAGUAAAUGAUACCAAAUUGUGCUUGGUACAGAAAGUUCGAGAGCAUUUACAGAACCUAGAAAACUCAGCGUUGUCAGCAGAGCUGCACAAGAAAAGAAAACUGAUGGACCAACCCUCCCUGCAGAGCAAGGUGCUGAAGGUCAAUGGAAGCACCACUACUGUUUGUGCCACAGGUCUCAGGAACUUGGGGAACACAUGCUUUAUGAAUGCUAUUCUCCAGUCUCUCAGCAAUGUUCAGCAGUUCUGUACAUACUUCAGGGAGCUUCCAGCUAUGGAGUUACGUAGUGGGAAAACAGCUGGACGACGGAGCUAUCACACACGAAGCCAAGGAGAAAGUAACGUGUCCUUGGUUGAAGAAUUCAGAAAGACAUUGUGUGCUCUCUGGCAAGGGAGCCAAACAGCAUUUAGUCCUGAAUCAUUGUUUUAUGUUGUCUGGAAAAUCAUGCCAAACUUCAGAGGUUAUCAGCAGCAGGAUGCACACGAGUUCAUGCGAUACCUCUUGGACCUCCUGCACCUGGAGCUACAAGAUGGCUUCAAUGGAAUUCGUCACUUUGUCUUUUCACCAGAGAGUCCAGGCUUGUCAACAGCCACAAAGUGCUGCAUAAAUGGGGCUUCUACAGUUGUCACUGCCAUAUUUGGUGGAGUACUCCAAAAUGAAGUGAACUGCUUAAUUUGUGGGACAGAAUCUAGAAAGUUUGAUCCUUUCCUAGACCUUUCGCUUGACAUUCCAAGUCAGUUUCAUAUUAAGCAGUGUAAGAACCAAGAAAAUGGACCAGUUUGCACUUUGCAGGACUGCCUACAAAGUUUCACUGAUUUGGAGGAGCUGGAUGAGUCAGAGCUGUACAUGUGUCAUAAAUGUAAAAAGAAACAGAAGUCCACAAAAAAAUUCUGGAUUCAGAAACUGCCAAAGGUACUUUGUUUACACUUGAAGAGAUUUCACUGGACUGCGUAUCUUAGAAACAAGGUAGAUACCUAUGUUCAGUUUCCUCUUCGUGGCCUUGACAUGCAGUGUUACUUGCUAGAGCCUGAAAAGUUUGAACCAGGGAUUUUCCUUUAUGACCUUGUUGCAGUAGUUGUGCAUCAUGGCUCAGGUGUUGGAUCGGGACAUUAUACAGCCUAUGCAACACAUGAAGGACGUUGGUUCCACUUUAAUGACAGUACUGUAACUUUAACUGAUGAAGAGACUGUAGCAAAGGCAAAGGCCUAUAUUUUGUUCUACGUAGAACGGACAUGCAAAUCUGGCUCAGACAACAGACUUUAAUUUCCUCUUCUACUGUCCUGCCAAUUCCAAGUUUACUACACAGAAUAAAAUUCCAGCAUUCCAUAAAGAUUUUGUCCAGGACAUUUAAUUUGCCUGUGCACUUUUCAUCUUACUUUUGUAAGUCUUUAAUGAAUUAGUGUUAAACAUUUUAUUUGAGACCUGUAGUCAUAAAUUUUUAAGUUGUACCAUGUCACCUCAGAAGAUGCAUUUCAGUUGCUGCUCCACUUGUCAGUGUAAAUACAGUUUAAUUGUGUGCAUUUUUAUUUCUACUUUAUUUUCCUAAAUGUAGUUAUAUUUUAAUUCAUUGUCUCCCUUAAGGCACAUUUACAUCAAAGGCAUUGGUUUUAGUCUUCAGUGUUAAGCUGUACUGGUUUGCAUUAAAUGCCAUGCAGUAUGGAAUCUGCCUUGCUUUUUUAACUGAAUUAUUUGGAAAGUAGAAUUUGAGAAGAAAAGAAAAAAAUAGUGUGUAGAAAAUGAAAUUUUGCACGAAGUCAGAUGUUGCAUUUCUUGCACUUCUUCAACCACAUGCAACUUCUCUCAGAAAAAGCAUGAACUGGUAGAAUUACAUGCACACGUAUGGGUCACUUCUUGUUUUUGAAAUGAGGUGUUUGUCUGGAUUGCUAUUUUGUCAUUUCACAGAAAAUGUGUUGAAUUCAGCUUUUGUAUGUGCAACUUCACUUGAAAAUGUAUUAAUUCAUCCACUGGUCCAUACAGCAGAUAAGAAUGUUUCAGACCUCAGUGACCAGUGCCGUACAUUUACUUUUUUUAGGUGUAAAUGUUAAUGAACAAUGUACAGUGCUGCCCUUAUGGCACCAUUUACUCUCGAGAUAUUUUGAGUUAAUGUUACAGAAGUCUUGUAUUCAUUUCAUCUUUAAACUUAAAUUCAAACAGAACUGGAAUCUGUGAGAUUUAUGUUCCUAGAAUGUAUUUGGUUUAUCUUUCCUUUUAUUUUCUUGUACUUCAUAAUAAUUUCUGUGUGUUACCGUUAUCAGCAGCAUGUCAGGUUAUCUUGCCAGCUCCUUUGGCUUAAAGGAAUAAAGCCCUGACUAUGAUCCACACAAUGCAAGUUCAUUUAGAGACACAGCUACCUGCUGGAACUGCCAAGGGGAAAAGGAAUGACAAAGCUUUGCCUAUUCACUUUUCUGAAAGGAAAGGACAAAAAUGUUUGGCUGGUAUGUAGGACUGCUAACUUUAGCUCUGGUGGAGGUUGGAGUGCUGAGUGGCGAAUGGCUGCUAUGUUCAGUGGUUGGGUAGGUGCAUACACCCUCCACCCCCACUUUUCUCUCCCUUUCCCUGUUUCUCAUAUUUUGAUAAUGUUUUCAGGGAUGUCAGCACCUGCUUACACUCUUGCUGCUAAUGGUAUCACAGAAUGCUGUCUUAAUGUAUACUUUUUUGAUGGUUGCAUCUGACCUUUUCAUUUACCAGAAAUAUUUCAAAGCCUUUAGCCCAGAUCACACACUGUAGCAUUGCUCAGCAUACACUACAAACAUAUUAGCUGUAAUCUGAAACAGUUGAUGUUAUUCAGUCCAUGCCUUGUCUUUUGACUAAGAUUUAAUAAAUACAUUAUUUGUUUAAAU